GCCAGCGGUGGGGUGUGGGGCGCGCUCUCCGGGCUGCUAAUUGCUGUUUAGCUGGGGACACAGAGGGUGUAAUUAUGGGGGGGAUUGCGCGAACCUGCAGCCUGGCCAGGGGGGCCCACGGGUGCCCCGGCCUAGGGGAGUGGAGGGGAGCAGGCAGCACAGUCCAGCCAGGCGUCGUCGCAUCCCACAUUCCCCGUGGGACCUCGGGAACCCUCUCCCAGGGUAGAGCAGGACACAAAUCCAUAGGGCCGAGGGGUGGCUCUGGGGCUGACUGGGCAGGCCACAGCACGCUCGCCCAGCCCAGCCCUGUGGUGGCAGCCCUGCUCCUGCCAAGCGCAGGCGCCCUCCUGGCUCGGCUGGGCCGGCCACGGCCAGCGGGGAGCACCCAGUGCCCUGCCUUGGGGUGGCACAGAAGGUGAGGGCCGUGUGAUGCCUCAGCACGGGGGGCAGGGGCAGGUGGCCUGGAGGCAAUGCUGGUGGCAGGAGAGGGAUGCUUAUGCUGUGGGGUGCCUGUCCUGUGGUGUUCUCAUUUCCUCCCAUGGGAGUGGGCCAGGGGAUGCCCCCUGCCUGGUUCUGGGCCGGUGCCCUGCGACACAGCACCGGCCGCAAAGGGUUAAUGCCGUGUGUGUUCUGGGAAGCGGGACUGGGAGGUGCGUGACCCGGGGUGUGGGCGUCGACUCCUUUUGAGGUGGGAUCCUGAGCUCAAGUGCAGUGGGGAGCGGGGCCAAGUUCACACAGCACCGUGCCUUCCCCUCCCUGCCGCUCGCGGGCCGCCAGCCCGGCUGCGACAAAGCGCCGAACCACGCCAGGACACGGGCCAGGUGAGCCACGCACCCCUCCGCCAUCACCGGCGAGGAAGGUGCCAGGGAGUUGGGGUCCCAGUGUGGCACCACUGGGCUCUAGAAAAGCUGGGCCAGCCACUUCAGCGCCAGCCAAGAGGCUGCUGGGAUGCCGGUGUUGCCUGAGCCUACGCUGCCUUUGCUCCGGUGAGGAUGAUGGCCAGCCCAGAGGACGACCUCAUCGGCAUCCCUUUCCCUGAGCACAGCAGCGAGCUGCUGAGCUGCCUGAACGAGCAGCGGCAGCUGGGGCUGCUCUGCGAUGUCACCAUCAAGACGCAGGGGCUGGAGUACCGCACCCACCGCGCUGUCCUGGCUGCCUCCAGCCGCUACUUCAAGAAGCUCUUUGCAGGGCCGGGGCCGGGGCAGGAGGUCUGCGAGCUGGACUUCGUGGGGCCAGAGGCGCUGGGCGCGCUGCUGGAGUUCGCCUACACGGCCACGCUGACCAUCAGCAGCGCCAACAUGGGCGAGGUGCUGCGCGCCGCCCGGCUGCUGGAGAUCCCCUGUGUCAUCGCUGCCUGCGUGGAGAUCCUGCAGGGCAGCGGGCUGGAGGCGCCUGGCCCCGAUGACAGCGACUGUGAACGCGCCCGCCGCUACCUGGAGGCUUUCGCCGCCCUCCCCGAGGGUGAGCUGCCCGCCCCGCCGCCACCCCGCCCCACCGCCCGGCGCAGCAAGAAGACCCGCAAGUUCCUGCAAGCCCCCGGUGCCCGGCUCAACAACCAUGCCGAGGAGCCACCCGCAGAGGUGGCUGAGGGCUGCGCCAGCCCCCCACCGCCCCCACAACUGCCCUCGCCCCCCCUGCCCGAGGGGCUGCCCCUGCCGUACGACAGCUUUGAGCUGCCUGAGGAGGAAGAGCUGCACCCACACUCCUUCCCCUUCCCCUACCAGCCCCCCCUGUCCCCUGAGGAGGCCACCUCUGACGAUGAUGCCAUCGACCCUGACCUGAUGGCAUACCUGAGCUCGCUGCACCACGAGUCGCUGGCUCCUGGGCUGGAUAGCCCUGACAAGCUGGUGCGCAAGCGCCGCUCGCAGAUGCCCCAGGAGUGCCCUGUCUGUCACAAGGUCAUCCACGGCGCCGGCAAGCUGCCUCGCCACAUGCGCACACACACGGGGGAGAAGCCCUUCGCCUGCCAAGUGUGCGGGGUCCGAUUCACACGGAACGACAAGCUGAAGAUCCACAUGCGGAAGCACACGGGCGAGCGGCCCUACUCCUGCCAGCACUGCAGCGCCCGCUUCCUGCACAGCUACGACCUGAAGAACCACAUGCACCUGCACACGGGCGCCCGGCCCUACGAGUGCAACCUCUGCCACAAGGCCUUCGCCAAGGAUGACCACCUGCAGCGGCACCUCAAGGGCCAGAAUUGCCUGGAGGUGCGGACCCGCCGCCGCCGCCGCGAUGAGCCGCCCCCGCCGCCCGCCGGGUCCCCCGGCCUCGACCUCUCCAACGGGCGGCUGGAGGGGCUGCGCCUCUCUAUCGCCCGCUACUGGGCUCCAGGGCAGCCUGAGGAGGAGGAGGAGGAGCCGGAGGGCGAGGAAGGGCCGCAGCCGGAUGGCGCUGUGCCGGUGGAGACGGCAUAGGGCUGAUGCAACGGCCGUGCUGUGCCGAGCUGCGCUGUGCCCACCGGGGUUUCUGAUCCCGUUUUUCCCAUCACGGUUCAUUCCCAGUUAUGCAAAGGGGGAAACCCCCCCGGCCGAUUUGCACAAGGGGGUGGGGGGUCCCUACCACCCCCCGCCGUGCCCGGGCCCACCUGGUCAUGCCCAGGUGGGUGAAGGGGGGAUUGGGAUUUGGGUGUCCUCUCACCAAACCCCCCUCGUGGAUGCCAGGACUGGGCAGGGACACCCAUGGACCGAGACCCCCCAGCUGGGGAGAGCCUCCUGUGCUCUCCCCAGUGCGGGGGUGCCGACUGCCCUGCGCUGUGCAUAGCUUGUCCCCCUCUCCCCACUCCGAGCAGCCCCCCCCCGGCGAGCCCCCCUCGCCCCUGCACUCCCGGCUGCUUUCUCUUGGUUGCACUAUUCGGGUGAGCCCACCCGGGUGCGGGGCAGCCCCGGCCCCUCCCCGGCCCCGUCCCCCUUCCGAACCCCCCCGGCCCUGUGGGACCCACCUCCCCGGGGUGGCCGCGCCCCCACGGUCGCCCCUCUGCCCUUUGCACAUGCCCCCCGCAGGGCGCAGCCUCCCCGGGGGAGCAGGGGACCGGCACUAUUUGUCUACAAUAAGAGUUUUAUCUAUAUUUAAAAAGAUGAUGUAAUAUAUUCCCUCCCCCGGCCCCUCCGCUGCCACCCGCCAGCGCUGCCCGGCCCCCACAUCUGUCCCUCGCCAUGGGGUGCCGGGAGGGGUGAUGGGGCUGGGGGAGCUCCGCUCCCGUCAUGGCUUUAAAGUGCCUUAUGGUGAACUUGAACCUUUUCGGCUACUUGAACCUCUCUGGUGUCAGGAACCAAACGAACCAUGGGCAGGCGGCCCCCCCUGCCCCUCCGGGCCGCCUCUGCCUGUCUGUAUGUCUGUGUUUGUUUUCGGUUUUUUGUUUUUGUUUUUUUUUUUUUUUUUUUUUUUAAACGAAAGCUGCUUGUUAAUAAACGGAGAAGCA